GUCUUCCCCGGCGCGUGCCUUUCGACCAUCGAAGUGGCGGGUUUCGAAACUUUAUGAUCCAACUCGACUAUGGAUUCCGAGGAUGAUGUUGAUGGAGGAGCGAGGGCAGGUCAUGAUGAGAUUCAAGAUGACGAGUUUGAUUCGUCUCCUCGACCUGCAAAGCGACGUAGAACGACUGUAACACCGGCGGCCAAGACCAAGAAGCAACCGACUACUCGCAAGGCAGCUGUAACCAAGAAAACGAACACAAAGAAGAAGAUCACGGACGAAGAUUCUAUCGUUGAUGGUGAAGAAGACGCGUUUGGUCCUCCGGUCGCUGCAACAAAACCCAAGCGAAAGCCACGAGUCUCGAAAAAGGCUCAGAUCAAAGACGAUGAGAGUCUGCUUGGUGACUCGGAUGAUGCCAUAGGAAGAAGUGUCACCAAACCGAAGCGCAAUUCACGAAAACGGACAUCUACAGGAUCUGGAUCUGAAGACUUUGACGACGAGGAUGAGAAAGACGCGAAAGCCGUGAAACCAAAGCAUCGCAUUCAUGUGCCGGCAAUGCAAGAUCUUUUAGCAGACAGGUUUGCUGACGAAGAGCCCCCGGAGUCAUCUGCUCCCUGGAGUAUCAGAGGCCCAAUCUGGAAGAAGGAUGUUAUGGCUACAAAGCAGAAGCCGGUAGUUCAAACGCCAGCUCGCCAGCCGUCAUUACUCAAAAGUACUCUCAAUCAUUCCGCAUUGAGAAGGAACGAUGAUAUCCAGACUCGCCCUUCGCCAGCAGGAAACGCACUUCCGACAGCUCCUUCUAUACACACGAAACAGCCGAUCGUGGAUGACGCCCAUCUGCAAGAUGUGGUUACUACGACCCCACUUGUACAGUCAGAUGUCUGGGGCGAUCUCAGUGAUGACAUUGAUCCAGAACUCUUGAUGGGCCUGGUAGCCGACCACCAACAGCCACGAAAGGCCAAUAACGUGCCGAAAAAGCAGCCCUUCGUGGAGGAAUCUAGCGAGGAUGAAUUUGAUACCGAGGAUCUUGCCAUGCUGGACGUAGAUGUCCCACAGAGAAGGACAGUGGUACCUUACCGAUCACCUACUCGCAGUCCAUCACCGGUAGAGCCAACCGCAGCCAAACCCCUUCCCCCAUCACGAACAACAGCCCCAGAACCACAACCAAUAGCUCCAUCACGAGCAACGGCCCGACCAGUGCCAGUCGACGACUUUGCAGACUUUGCAGAUGAGCUUGCAGACCUACCAUCCGACGCCUUCGACUCCGAUGAUCAGACUCCGGCUAAGAACCUUGGUGGUCCGAUUUGCAUAUCCUCAUCGCCUCCGAAGGCAGCGGUGCCUGCACCGAAGCCAAAUCUCGCACCUCCGCGUGGUGGAUUGGUCCAAAAGACGUUAUUUGGAGGGACAGUUGUGCCGAUGGGUCCUGCUACUCAGGCCAACAAGAGGCAUGCUUGGCCAUUGGCAACACAAAGAGAACCAGCAACCCAUCACAAGCUCAAUGAUGAAGCUACACAAACUUGGGUCUAUCCUACAAACCUGGGAACCACUCGUGACUAUCAAUUCAACAUCGUCAGUCGAGGCCUCUUUCACAAUCUGUUGGUCGCUCUGCCCACUGGUCUUGGUAAAACAUUCAUUGCGGCCACUAUUAUGCUGAACUGGUUCCGCUGGACAGAAAGCGCGCAAAUCGUCUUCGUGGCACCUACAAAGCCCCUUGUUGCCCAACAGGUUGAUGCUUGUUUCAACAUCGUAGGCAUCCCUCGCUCGCAGACCGUCAUGCUCACUGGCGAGACCUCUCCUGGCUUGAGAGCAGAAGAAUGGAAGACGAAACGAGUGUUUUUCAUGACUCCUCAGACAAUCAUCAAUGACCUCAAGACUGGUCUCUGCGAUCCAAAGCGAAUUGUAUUGAUCGUUGUUGACGAAGCUCAUCGCGCCACUGGCAACUAUGCCUAUGUUGAGGUCAUCAAGUUCGUUCGCCGGUUCAACACGAGCUUCCGUGUACUUGCCUUGACUGCCACACCAGGCUCGGACGUCCCAGCAGUACAGCAAGUCAUUGACGGUCUGGACAUAUCACGAUGUGAGAUCCGUACAGAAACAUCUCUGGACAUCAGACAAUAUGUUCACAGCCGCGACAUUGAUGUCAUUAAGUUUGACUACUCGGAAGAACAACAAAUUAUCAUGGAGCUUGCUUCAAAUGCUAUCCGUCCUGUGCUGUUGAAGCUUGCAAGUCAAAAUGCCUAUUGGAACAAGGAUCCGAUGAAGCUUACGGCGUUCGGUUGUACUGAAGCUCGAAGGAAAUGGUUCAUGACUGAUGCUGGCAAGAAGGCACCACAAUCUGUCAAGGGUAUGGUCAACAGUAUAUUUGUCGUGCUUGGAAGUCUCGGUCAUUCAAUCUCAAUGCUCAGGUUCCAUGGCAUCACCCCUUUCUACAAUGGAAUGGUUGAAUUCAGGAACAAGGUUGAUGGGGGUGAACUCAAGGGCAAAUAUGGCGCACAAAUUCGUGAUGACGAAAACUUCACCAAGAUGAUGAACAUGAUGUUGACCUGGACUCGCGACCCCGAAUUUCUUGGGCAUCCCAAGCUUGAACAUCUCCGAUUGGUGGUCAUGAACCACUUCCUUGAGGCCGAUGAUAAAGCGAAGGCUCCAGGCGGUCAGCCUUCGACUACCAAGAUCAUGAUUUUUGCAGCCUAUCGAGACAGUGCCGAGGAGAUCGUGCGUGUUCUGAACAGAAACGAACCCAUGAUCAGGGCACAUGUUUUUGUUGGUCAAGCAGAUUCCAAAAACUCGGAAGGUAUGAACCAGAAACGUCAACUGGAGGUCAUCAAGCAAUUCAAGGAGGGCAAAUACAACACCUUAGUCGCUACUUCCAUUGGUGAAGAAGGUCUUGAUAUUGGUGAAGUUGACCUCAUUGUGUGUUACGAUGCCUCUGCCUCGCCCAUUCGAAUGCUUCAGCGCAUGGGACGUACAGGCAGAAAGCGCAAGGGUAAUAUUGUUCUGUUGUUGAUGAACGAGAAGGAGGUGCCUGAUUUCGAAAAGGCGAAGGACAACUACGAAAAGAUGCAAGGCAUGAUCGCAUCUGGCAAAGACUUCACUUUCCAUGACGAUAGAUCACCUCGCAUUCUUCCACGAGAAACUCAACCGACUGUGGAUAGAAGAGUUGUCGAGAUACCCGUGGAAAACUCGCAAGCUGAGCUUCCUGAACCGAAACGUCGUGGAAGAGCUCCGAAAGCACCGCCGAAAAAGUUCCAUAUGCCUGACAAUGUUCGAACAGGGUUCGUUGCAGCAGGAAGAAUGGACGAUGAGGACGCAGAAGAAUUGGCACCUCGUGGAAAAGGCAAAGCCAAGAAGGCAACUGCUGCUUCAAUCAAGAAGAUGUUCCGUCCUCCGCCAGGUAUCGAGACAGUUGCUAUUCCAUCACUGGACGCUGUCUGCUUGAACAAGAUCCAAGAGCGAGAGCUUGAUCGCAAAUACAAGUACGUUCAAGAUGCAGACGGCGCAGCCCCCACGGUUGGCCUACCACGACUGGACAGAUUCUCUAGCUCAUUUCCUGGAUCGACCAAGUUCAUCACGCAUGGUAGAGCUUCGUUGGCAGCUUCCAGUUUGAUGAAACGCCUGGGCAACAUGAACGAAGAUGUCGUUCAGGGAUUCAAAGACAACUUUCAUCAAUCAGACUUGGAAGGUGAUGUAUCUGAGAUGAUAGGAGACCCGACUAUCGUAAACUUGUCAGAGGAUGACUUGCCAGUCGCCAAACCUGCUAAAAAGAGAGCACCCGCCAAACCGAGAGCCCCCAAAGCUCCGAAGGAAUCAAAGGAGCCGAAAGCCCCCAAAGCGCCAAAAGCACCAAAGGCUCCAAAGGCGCCUAAGGCACCCAAGCCAGCUCCUGUGGCAAAGACACCCAAAUCUCGCGGCCGUCCGAAGAAACAAGCUCCUACAAGAAACAGCUCUGACAUGGAAGGCUCGGCAUCCAGCCCAGAACCCACGCCUGCACACAUGCGUCUCGGCACCCAAGGCAUCGACCUCGGCUCAGCGGAUACCUCUGGCGAAGAAGGUCAUGGCAUGGAAGAAGACGAAGCAGACUCCGAGCUCGACGACUUUGUUGUCGGAAGCGAUGCACCCAUUGAGUUUGCCUCGAGCUCUCAGCCGCAUAUUCACAAGCCUCCGAAGAAAAACAGACUCAGUAAUUUGUUCACACAAGACAAUAUCGCUGAAGAGAGUGAAGAGGAUUUGCCGGACUUUGGACCGUCUAGCAUGGCGGAGGAAGAACCUGCUCCCGUUCGCAGACAGCUGAUUAGGAGGAGACAGGUUGUUGAUGAUGACAGUGAUGAAUGAAUUAUUGCUUCAUUAUGGGUAUUCUUGUAACAUAGCUUUCUUGUUGACUGUUGCCUUUGUAUAGCUGUGGCUCGUACAAGCUGUCUAGACUAUGUUGCUACUGAAACGAUAUGGAAU